GAUAUGCAAAUUCCCUUCGUUGAAUUGGAAAAAUUGCGCCCACCUUUUUUUUUUUUGUUUUUUUCUCUUCAAUUCGUUUCUUCUCAGAAAACCCACAAAUUGCGUAACCUAACGGAUUAAUACUUUCCAGAUAUGUACUUAUUCAAGGAGUUGAUUGAAAAAUACCGGGCGAUCUCGAUUCAAUCGCAGACAAAUUCCAGCGCCGCCGGCGGAGGAGCCAUGGACGGAGAGGGCGGCGUUUCGACGGGGAACGAGCGGACUGCGUAUAAGCUGAAAGGCUACUUCGAUUUGGCCAAAGAGGAAAUUGAUAAAGCUGUUAGGGCUGAAGAGUGGGGUUUACCAGACGACGCCGUUUCAUGUUACAAUAAUGCGCGGAGGAUACUCAGUGAAGCGAUUUCCACUCCAGUUCCUUCUUACAUCUCCUCCAGUGAAAUGGAGAAGGUGAAAUCUUAUCGUGAAAAGAUAUCAAAAUGGCAAACCCAGGUAGCAGAGAGAUUGCAAACUUUGGCUCGAAGAACAGGUGGAUCAUCAGAAAUCAAGAGUACUUCUCCUAAGUCACAAACUGGGGCACUUCCAUCUACAGCUUCGCAUCCAAGAAAAGUGGCAGUUCAAAAGUCUUUUAGUCUUAGCAGUGGUGCUCCUGCUAUGAGGAGUCAGGUUAAUAACGCAAAGACGACAAGACCUGUACAGGAAUCUGGCGGUGGCUAUGAUUCUAAACUGGUAGAAAUGAUAAAUUCUGUGAUUAUCGAUCAUAGCCCUGCAGUUAAAUGGGAAGACAUUGCUGGGCUUGAGAUGGCAAAACAAGCAUUGCUGGAAAUGGUUAUUCUGCCGACUAAAAGAAGAGACCUUUUUACUGGACUUCGAAAGCCAGCCAAGGGAUUACUUCUCUUUGGACCACCUGGUACAGGAAAAACCCUGCUUGCAAAAGCAGUUGCUUCAGAAUCCGAUGCUACCUUUUUUAGUGUUUCUGCUUCUUCCUUGACGUCUAAGUGGGUUGGAGAGGGUGAAAAGCUUGUUCGAACCCUUUUUCAGGUUGCCAUUUCCAGGCAGCCAUCUGUAAUUUUCAUUGACGAGAUUGAUAGUAUCAUGUCAACAAGAACAGAGAAUGAGAAUGAAGCAAGUAGAAGGCUGAAGUCGGAGUUUCUCGUUCAGUUCGAUGGGGUAGCAUCAAGUUCUGGUGAUUUAGUCACUGUCAUUGGUGCGACUAAUAAACCCCAAGAGUUGGAUGAUGCAGUUCUCAGAAGACUGGUGAAGAGAAUAUACAUACCUUUGCCGGAUGCAAAUGCCAGAAGACUUCUUUUGAAACAUAAGCUCAAGGGCCAUGCAUUCUCUUUGCCAGAUAGAGAUUUAGAGAGACUUGUCGCUGAAACAGAUGGAUAUUCUGGAAGUGACCUACAGGCAUUGUGUGGGGAAGCUGCAAUGAUGCCCAUCAGAGAGCUCGGUUCAAAUAUUCUUACUGUCCAGGCAAAUCAGGUUAGGGGAUUAAAACUCGGAGAUUUUCAGAAGGCGAUGACUGUUAUUAGACCUAGCUUAAAGAAAAGCAAGUGGGAAGAGAUCGAAAAGUGGAACCGGGAGUUUGGCGCUAGCUAGGUUAACACGUCGUCUUCAUUAAAAGAAAUGGCUUGAGAAAAUAUAGUUAUUAUUAACAUGUAAAACUUCAAUAAAAAAAAAAGUCAGAAAAUAGAAUUUAUCUUACAUGUAUUUAUAUACUCUGGCCAUAUGGCUUGUUAAUGCAUGUUACAUGGUAUAUAGUAUAAAGUAGAAUUUAUCCUACAUGUAUCCCCUUGCCUUGAAAUUGUCUAUUGAAUUAUAUGUAUUUUUUUUUUUUUGAUAAGAACAUUAUAUGUAUUUAAAAUGUA